CUCUCUCUCUAGUUCGAACUACGUGGUUCGAACUAGUUCGUCGACACCAUUGGAAGGGAAUGUUGUACGAGAUGUAACUAUCCAAACUGCGUCACUUGGGUUCCAAAGAGUGGCAUCUAUUCGGUUGCAGUGUUUGCGGCUUAGAUAAAAAGUGUGACCGGAGUUAAUUAAUUGGAGUGGGAAAAAGGAGCGACUGAUAGAUUAUUUGGAAUGGAAGGAUGACAACAAUCCCUGGUUCACCGUUGACUUGCCUUCAUUGCUUUUAAGGAACUAUACUAGAUAAAUAACCAGAACAAACACCACCCGGCCAAUUGAUUUAUCAAGGGAAGGAGAGAAUGCAAGUAGUGGAUGAGUCGGCACAGAAACAGGAUUAAUUUUAUGUACGUAAGUUUUUAAAUAUGAAGUCAACAUAAGCUUAGUGGGACAAAUGUAAAGGGGUAUAUGUAUAAAAAUUGCAAGAAAAAGUUAUUCGAAGUUGUGGAGAAUAAAACAUAAAGGAAAGCGAUAUAAAAUCCAUUACCGGGGGAAAGAAAUGAGAGGAGAGCAUAAAUGACAAAGCGGAGUGAGCGAGCGAGUGAUGCAGGAAAAUGGAGAGGGUAUAAAACUGGAAAGCACAAGGAAGGUGCGAUUGCUGAGAGAGUGGUGGGGGACCCUCAGGAGGCUAAAAGCUUCCAAAGAGGAAGAAGCCUUUCUCCGCACCUACAAAUACCCGCCCUCCUCCCCUCCUCGCUCCUUAGCGGCCUUGCGUGACUCCCUCUUCUUGGAAGCACAAACCAACCCGUGGCAUCCCUCCCCUAACUCCGUUGUGUUCUCUGCCUCCCGGACCAAGGAAAGCAAGCUUUGGACUUUGCAUGUCAUCCUUAUUUGAGUGACACUCGUAAUCACUCUGCUUUCCGACCGUCCGGCCAAGGAAAGAUGUCGGUGGCUGUCAUUCAAAGCUCGCCCGCAAGCUUCAACUUGGGCCACCGCAACUGGCUAUCGCCAGCGGAUCGAUACCGGAGCGAAGAAGACCGUCCUCCGGCGCUUAAGGAGGGCGGCGAGGAGCCUCCCUCGCAAUUCGAUAUAUGGAGCGCGAUCCAGUCGCAGAAGACGGCCGCUGCCGCAGCUGACCAGCCGGCGACUCCUUAUGUUCAUCCCCUCGUGAGGCGCUCUUCGAGCUCGCUAAGCCAGAAGAGCCUUGAGAUAUGCACGGAAAGCCUUGGCUCGGAGACCGGCUCCGACGAGUUCUUCUCCUUCAUGGACGACCUACCCUUGCUCGACGAUGAAGAGAAAGAAGAGGAGACGAAAUAUGUCCAUGAGAAGCAAGAUGCAGCAGCAGAGGCAGACGAGGUAAUAGCAGCGGAACGCGGAGAGCGGUCUCCCCGAGGCACGGAGCUGACAUCGGUGAACUACCAUUGCUCCAUUAGCAGGCGGUCACCUCCGAGGUCGUUCCCUCCGCCGCUCCCGUCGAUUUCUCGACGCGACGGCCCCUGCUUCCACAUGCGGCCUCACCGCUGCGACGGGCGCCUCGUAGUCGAAGCCGUCCCCGUCCCUCCUCAAAACUACCUCCAUGCCCGGCGCGUCGACGGCCGCCUCGUGCUCUCCUUCAUCGAUACCAUUUACGGAGACGAGCCCGGUUACGAGUCCGAUGCCUCUGACGCUGCCGCUGAAAUCACACAAACAUUAACAGAAGAAGACGUCGAGAAAGAAAAAGAAGAAGCUACAGAAAGCGAAUCAAUGGGAAUAACACAGUUAGGAGUGAAAGAAGAAGAAGAACUAGAAGGAAACAACCGUUAUGGUGGAGAGGAAGAAGAAUUAGAGGAAAAUAACUGCUACGAAGAAGAGGAAGAAGAAGAGGAAGUGGAAGUCGUCGACAGGGGAACCGUCGUCGAGGUAAAGGUGAGCACGCAACCGCAGCAACAGAGCGGUGCCAUGAAGGUUCACCGGUCUUCGCUCGUCAUCAACAAGUUCGUCGGAGAUAUGCCGCUGAGUGGCAUGGCCGAACACGAGCCAUCCGCGCAGGAGGAGGACAACACAAGCAGCCAAAACAAGCACAACCACACUGUUACAUCGGCACCGGCAGCCAGGCGGGCGUCAUCGAUUACCACCACUGCAGCGGCUGCAGUAGUGGCGGCAUCCACGCUCGGUGUCAGCACAGAGAGCCACCACGAUCACGGCUACGGCAGGACAUGGACAGCGGUCGGGGGUCAUCGCCCUCCGCUCGACAACAAGCUGCUCUUCACAUCGAAGCGGCGGAACCGCGAAGAGUUGCUGCACAACAUGAGGAGGUGCAGCCAACUGCGCAGGCCAUUGUUCAUAUGGGAGCCCUACUGCAUUGCCACUUCCUCCUGAGACUCGAGACAGUCUCUCGAGGAUCCACCUUCAUCCUUAAUAGCCCAAGAUCGCUGCUGCGGCUGCUGCUACUAUUCAGGCUACCAAGUAUCAGCAUCGCAUGACAAAGAAAGACUCACUGUUUGGUUUCCUCUGCAUUGUAUUGUGGUCAUUCUUCUACUGUUAUUAUUAAUUUUUUUGGAACGACCAACGUCCCUUUUUUCCAACCAGUGAUUGGAUUUGAUUUCUAUAAUGAAAGAUUUGGGAUCUUUAUGAUUA